AUGGACGAUACAGAAUGGUCCAUCGCCAAGGGGUCAGCGCCUUCUGCAGGAGCAGGCUCUUCAAGGAUACAGGAACUCGUAAAUCAAAUUAUAGAAGCUGAUUUCAAGGCUAUCCUUUUAUCUCCUGAAGCCAAAGCGAUUUUGUCCACUCCCACGAUACUGCAAGGUCUCGACAUCACUACCAGCUCGAAAAACUCCAUAGAAGAGUCCUCAGUUGUACAGCUUAUAGUAGCUGUUGCACUUCUGCAUUCGUUCGUACAAGUCAAUUGGACUGGUCCAGAUCUUACUUUUGCUCCUCUUGACAUCCUUCCUAAAACCACCUCCACCAACGAAGAAAUCAAUGCAUCCGCCCUGCCUCUCCUGGCACUACAAGGCGAACCAGCAUAUCACCUAGCUGCUCAACCUGUCCUUCUCCUUCUAGCAAGAAGAUUAAUCCUCGUCCUCCCCUCAUCUUCGUCAACAGUUCCUCUUUGGCUACUCAGACUACACCUCGUCCACCUCUCUUUGCUGGAUGAACCCGUACCUAUAUCACCUGAAUCAUUUUCAGCUGUUCAAUCUCUCUUGUCCCACCCAGUUGUUUCAGCUGAUCAAGACCUGGCGGCCACGAUUCAACUUGAGGUUGGAUUAUAUCACCAUGCGCUAGGUCAAGAUAAACAGGCAAACCAAGCUUUUCUUUCGGCUGCCAAGGAAAGUGGAUUAGAAUUUGAACUCACAGGAGCUCUAGGGAAGAAAACGAAGUUCCAGAUCUCAUUGCAUAGUCAGCUUGUACUUCUUGCCGAGUCGAGGCGCAGAGAUGGGGAGGAUGAUACUAGUCCCACUGAAGAUAGAGGAAAGGAAGGAGACGCUUCGAACUUACCUGAAAGUAUAGCAUUGAAUGAUGAUACGCUAUUAGAAGAAACGGAGUUCACCAAGAUGACUUCAUCGGAAGCUUCAGCAUCCUCAUCAAAACUUUCACACAUAGAUCCUUCGAAUCAACCACCUUUACACCCGCUCGAUCAAUCAUUACUCCUUUCGCUAUGUCUGUCGCAACAUAACAACUCGCCCUCAUCAGGAUUAACGGCAAGUCAAAUGAUGCCAUUCCUCGUACGAGUAAUAUCCCAUCCUAGAAACUGGUCAAUUCAUACAACCGGCUUGUUGCUUCGUUCCAGACUGGAGGGAGCCAGAUCGAGAACUGUGGAAAGAUCAACAUUACAAUUAUCAGCUUUGAUCGAACAAAUGCCUACAUCUGAUUCAUCGGCAAAAGAGAGGUUAAGGUAUUUCCAUCAAUUACCUUUACCAUCCAAAUGGGACAUGGAAAGGGAAUUAGCAAAGAGAUAUCUGACAAUCGGUGUGACAAGAUCUGCCCUGGAAAUAUUUGAUCGAUUGGAAAUGUGGGAAGAUUCAGUCAUGUGUCUACAAAGAAUGGACAGAGAAGUAGAAGCUAUUGCUAUUGUUAAAGAUCUUUUGGAAGGAAAGAAGGUUGAAUCCGAUGUUGUAGCCACGCUGGGUAAAGAGAAUUUAACAGAAAAGAGGAGAAGCAAAUUGACAUCAGGCAGAGAAGCUAAGUUAUGGUGUCUCUUAGGUGAUCUAGCAUUGAAUUCAGAAGACGCAACUAAAGAUCCUGUCGGAUCGAGAAAAUUAGCUGUAGAACAUUAUGAAAAGGCUUGGAAAGUAUCAGAAUCUACUUCUUCGAGAGCGAUGCGAUCUUUAGGGUCGAUCUAUGUCGGUGGAAGGGAUUACGAGAAAGCCAUACCGUGUCUUCAAUCCGCGUUACAAAUCAAUCCUCUUUACGCUAGAUCUUGGUUCACGUUAGGUGUGUGUUUCGUCAAGCUUGAAAGGUGGAUUGAAGCGAAAGAUGCUUUUAGAAGACAAGUCGGUGUAGAAGAAGAUGAUGCUGAAGGUUGGAACAACUUGGCGGCGGUUUAUCUUAGAUUAGGUGAGGAGAAUGGGGACAAGGCAGAUGUCACGACUUCGGUGACAUACGAGAACAAACAUCUUGCUUGGCGGGCCUUACGACAAGGUCUUCGAUAUGCCUAUGGGAAUUGGCGAAUGUGGCAAAAUUACAUGAUAGUCUCCAUUGACGUGGGAGAGUUAUCAGAGGCUGCAAGAGCUAUGACUCGUGUAGUAGAAGAGUUAUCCAACAAAGAUCCUAUCCUCGCUGUUGAUCCUGAUGUGCUAGACAAACUCGUUGAUUCAGUUACAAGAGAUGAUUUCUCAAUAUCAAAAGAAGGACAAGUAGUUCCCAAAACGAGUAAUGAAGGAUUUGGGUUAUUACCUAUAGUAGAACGAUUAUUUGACGCAACGAUUUUACCUAGAAUAUCGGAUUCUUCCAGGAUAUGGAGAUGUCAUGCUAGACUCUUAAGAUGGAAAGAAGAUUGGUCAGGCGCUCUGGAAGAUUAUCUCAGAGCUUAUAGGUGUUCGAUAGUCUCAGAUGAAAGUGUAGAGAGAGAUUUGGCGAAAUGGAAAGAAGCUGUCAGGGAGAUAGAGGAUCUGGUAGCUGUCAUGGGUCAAUUGGGUCCAAAAGCAAAACUUCAACAGGAACAAGAAGAUUCGGGUGAAGGUAAAAAGAAAAAAGGUGAUUGGAAAUUCCAAGCUAGAGGUGUAGUAAGGACGUUCAUGGGUAGAACGAAAGAAUCGUUCGAAGAUGAGAAGGAUUGGGAGAGAUUACAGGAUCUUCUAGACGAGCUGAAGAGGUCGGAUUAG